GAUGACGAACCCCCUAAUAUAUUUCCAUCCACAAUCCACAAAUCCCUGGCAAGGUGUGGUCAUACUUCGACAAUGCAAUUAAUUUGAUAAUGAAUAUCAUCAUCACCUCGAAAUUUCAUCCUGCGGAGUGGAUUGGAGAUGUACACAAUCCGGCUGGCUCAACGUGCUUCUGCUUGCAAGUCUUCAGUCUGCCUGACCCGAAACAUCACAGUCGCACCCUACAAUCCGUGCCGUCGACUCUGCAGACCACGUCGAACAUAUGGCGUACAAUUGAUUCGGCUUGAGUGUCCCACGUUUGCGCUACGAGAAUUUCAUAGCUCUUCUUGUCAAAUGUCAAGCUAUUGCUGAGCCAGCUGAGGUAGUUUGGCAACGACCGGUCUCAGUCUCAUAUUGAGAUUUUCACUAGGGGCUUUGAUGCCAAAUGUGCCAUCAUCGUGCCAACUAGAGUCUGGGUUGCUUUAAUGAACGAUCAAAGCUGAGGAAGCUUGCACGUGAUGUAUACAAUGUAUCAAACGAGGGUCGGUGCGAAGAGUGAUAUUGGCGUUCGUUCAACGGGUAAGAAUACUCAUACAAACAACAUAAAAGACGAAAAUGGUGGUAUGGUGGACAAAGUUACACCGCUGAAUGUGACGGAGAAAAUGAGAUAUGGCGCAGAUACAUAUCGAAAAGGAUUUCUUCCAUCAUCUACCUCCAUCUUAGGAGAAAAUCAGCAAGGAGCCAAUGACGCACAUAAUCGGGCUCUUCUGCGGAUCAGAAUCUACAUAUAA